AUGGAGACUACGGAUAAGAUCGUACUUGUUAGCAAGGAGGGGGAAAAGCAGAUAGUUGAUUCUCGAAUACUGGACAUGUCUGAGUAUCUCAAGGAAAAGAGAGAUAACCACGAUAUUCAUGACAAUACAGUAGUAUUAGAUAAUAUUGGUGAAAAUACUUUGUCAAGAAUCAUUGCGUUUUGUAAUUAUCAUAUUGAUAACCCUCUGGCCGAGAUCGAGAGGCCGUUGAAGAGCAGCAACAUGCGUGAUAUCGUAUCGGAAUGGGAUGCCAACUUCAUCAACAUUUCUGUCGAAGACCUUAUGGACCUAAUUGUGGCUGCUAAUUUCUUGCUGAUCCAGCCCCUAUUGGAGGUUGCUUGUGCGAAGGUGGCCAGUCUGAUUAAGGGAAAGUCUCCUGAGGAAAUCCGUACCACAUUUAAGAUAGUCUCUGACUUUACUCCUGAAGAAGAGGCGAAGAUUCGUGAGGAAAACAAGUGGGCAAUUGAAGAAUAGUUCUUAAACUGAU